UUCUAAGCACGCACUUGCAGCAUACACGUAAUGUGUAGAUAUAAGGUAGUAUUUAACUGUUCAGUGAUCAGUGACAGUUCCAGUAUGUAGUCGCUCCUAAAUGGCAGACCUUUCAUACCUGUUUGUACAACGUGAUGCCGGAAGCAGCGUAUACACAGCUGUGGCAAAAUACCUGCAAACAAGGGAAGAUAAAUCAUGGAAGAAAGUGCCGAAGGAUUCGACCAGGUUCAAUUUGAUGUUGGGUGACAGAAACAAGUUACCCUACAGCAAACUUGGUCAGAUUCGAGGUUUGACUCAAGUGGUGAACUAUUAUCGAGGCUCUGAUGUCAUCUGCAGAAAAGCAUCUUUGGUCAGAACGCUUAAAGACUACUGUGAAGAGCAGAAACUACGGAUGUUUGAGUGGAUGCCAACAUCAUUUGUCAUCUACCCACCAUGUGAUCAGGAAGUGGUGGUCAUUGGUGAGGAGAAACUUGUACGCCAGAGACGAUCACGGAGUGACGAGCGGGACCAACUGAAGAAAUGUGCCGAGAGGGCCCCACAUGUCAUAUGGAUUGCAAAGAGCUCAAAUGGGGCUAAAGGAGAUGGUAUCCAGAUCUCCAGUGAUGUAGGGAGCCUGGUCCAGAUGGUGGACAGUCAGAAGAAAGCCUACGUUAUACAACAGUACAUUGACUCACCAUUACUAUUGUCUGGUGGACGCAAGUUUGACAUCAGGUGCUGGGUGCUGAUUGAUGCCACAUACACCAUCUACCUGUACAGAGAAGGAGUUCUUCGCACGGCGUCGGAGGAGUACGAGCCUGACAGACUGGACCAUCUCACAGCUCACCUCACCAAUCAUGCUCUUCAGCAGGAGUUGUCAGAAAACUUUGGCAAAUAUGAAGUUGGCAAUGAAAUGUUUUAUGACGAGUUUGACAGCUUCCUCCAGGACAAAUAUGGAGUUGGCCUUGACACUGCCAUCUUGCCACAGAUUCGCUCCAUCGUGAAGACCUGUCUGGGUAUUGUCCAGAGUAAACUGAACACCACAGGGCUGGACUACUGGAGCUUCCAGCUGCUGGGCUUUGAUUUCAUGGUGGACAGUGACCUCAAGGUGUGGCUGCUGGAAGUGAACGGGGCCCCUGCCUGUGCACAGAAGCUGUUGUCUGGUCUAGUACAGAGCCUAGUGGAGACAGCCAUCGACCCAGUGUUUGUUCCCUAUGGUCAAGUGCAGUAUGGACCCAAUCUCUUUGAUCAGAUCUGAGAAAUUCUAUUCUCUCGGAAUCAAAGACAUGGCUGUUGUAUCAACAUGUAUGAAUGUUGGUGAAAUCUUCUGCACAGCUCAAGCUAUCCUCUCAGCUUUACAGAUACCAGUGAAUGGAUGUCCAGACACAUUUGAGCCCUCAGGUGUAUUUUUUAACGUUACUCUCUGCAAUAUUACAGAAGCCUGGACCAGACAAAUCCGUGAUUAUUAUUUCGAGCAACAACUCAUUCCAUCAACGCAUGAUGACACACAUUUAAACAUGUAGGUGAGCGACCACCUCAUCCAUUUAGUCUGUUAUGACACACAUUUAAACAUGUAGGUGAGCGACCACCACAUCCAUUUAGUCUGUUAUGACACACAUUUAAACAUGUAGGUGAGCGACCACCUCAUCCAUUUAGUCUGUUAUGACACACAUUUAAACAUGUAGGUGAGCGACCACCUCAUCCAUUUAGUCUGUUAUGACACACAUUUAAACAUGUAGGUGAGCGACCACCUCAUCCAUUUAGUCUGUUUAGUGAUCAGCAUAGAUUGUUCUUUAACCCUGAAACCCUAUGAGCAUAGGUGUGCGUGUGCGUGCGUCCAUUUUGUCCUGAAAGUUUAUUAAAUGACCCGUGGUAACAGGUGAAAAUGAAGUCUGCUUCCCCCUUUCUCAAAGCUGUGUCCGCCCCAGAUGAGGUCCUCACACUCAGAAUAAAUCCAUCAAACACUGAUAAGUUUAUUUCCUUUGUUGAUAUGAAUCGUGUUAGUCAUGUGGUGGCUUCUAUUUCUGUUAUAAUUCACUUCCAUUUUUUCAUCAUGGACAAAAAGAAUUUGAAGGAAACAAGUUUCUUUAAUGUUAAAUUCAGCAUCCAUAAGUACAACAAAUCUCAUUGGAUCUGCGCGAAACAUGAGUAAAUCUUGUAGUUUUGUCAGAUAUGUGUGUCAAUGAGGUCUACAAAUUAUAUUGGUUUGUCCAAUUGAUUAACACUGAAGUGGUCAAGAAUUACCUGAACCUUGUCCAUUGUUGCUUCUUGCUGUUGUUUUAUUAUAGAACACAUUCAUUGAUAUAUAUAUAUAUUUCUAUUUAUCUUUCGUUUAAUGGAAGUAUACAUGGAAUCUAUAAAUAAAACAUUUUUAGACCAU